AUGUCCAAAGAAAAUUCAAAAAAUCAUUAUAAUAGUUCGGAGGCACCAGGCACCACUCCCAAGAGAAAUGGCCGCGACAACAGCAGCAGCAGCAGUCAAAAGGUGACUUCAUUUCCGUUGACACCGUCUGGGACACGUUCUGUGACGACUACGCCACGAAAAACCGAAUAUGGUGAUCGCUUCAUCCCUUUACCAAUACACGAUCCUGCAGUGGAGUUCCACAGGUUGACCCCUCCUAUUACAAAGUCGAAACGGAAAUAUAAUGCGGGAGAUAGAACACCUGAAACGAGGUCUUGUCGAAAAGAUGAUGAUAAGGACAUUCUAUACAGGGCAGUCCUCGAAAACACAUUGUUUCCUGAUGAUGACCUGCCGGACAGCUCUUUAAACAUAAAACAAUCAUUGUCAUCGGCUCCGCGGAACAAACCGCUACUAAAGUUUCGUAGCCCAUCCAAUAUGCCAAGAUCGCUAAUACCUGUCGAUUCGCCGAACCGUGAAGUGUAUUCUGUGGGUCCGAUUUCGAUGAAUGCGCAGAAUAUUUUGGAAAAUACUCGUCAGGCGACGAGACAAGUUACCGAACGUGGCAUUUAUAAAGUUUUAGAUGCCCCAAAUAUUCGGGAUGACUUUUAUCUCAACGUCUUAGACUGGUCCUCGAUAAAUUGUAUAGGAGUUGCACUCGAAAACGAAGUAUUCCUAUAUAAUGUACGGACAUCAUCGGUUACAACUUUAGCUCAGCACAAAUCUCCAGAAUAUGUGUCAUCUGUAAAUUGGAAUAUGGAGGGAACUCAUAUCGCAGUAGGUACAAAUCAAGGGAUUGUCCGUAUAUAUGAUGUUUGUCGCAUGAAGAUGGUCAGGAAAAUCUCUAAUCAUGAACUAAGAGUCGGGUCCAUGGCAUGGAGAAAAAAUAUUCUGACUACUGGCAGUCGUGAUGCGGAUAUUUUUCAUAUUGAUGUCAGAUCUCCUGAACCUUUCAUAGGAUGUCUGAAAGCCCACACACAAGAGAUAUGCGGCUUGAAAUGGAGUCAGGAUGAGCAGUUAGCAAGUGGUGGUAACGACAAUCUUUUGUACAUCUGGGAUCAGCGAAAAGCAAGCCCAUUGUACAGUCUGAGACACAAAUCCGCUGUAAAAGCAAUUGCGUGGAGCCCUCACGCACGAAACCUCGUUGCUAGCGGAGGUGGAUCUCAGGAUCAACGUAUUCGGUUUUGGACCACAUAUACUGGUCGUAAUUUAGCAAGCUAUCUCACAGGAUCCCAAGUGACUAAUCUCGCAUGGUCCGAACAAGUGAAUGAGCUAGUCUCUACGCACGGAUAUAGUAGAAAUGAGGUCAUCGUGUGGAAAUAUCCGUCGAUGGACGAAUUAGCUUGUCUGACUGGGCAUAAGAGUCGUGUCUUGUAUCUUGCUGCAGCACCGGAUGGCCGUACAAUUGUGACCGGUGCGGGUGAUGAAGUGCUUCGUUUUUGGAAUGUGUUCAGCCAAAAGAGGCAGAAAACCUCUGAAUCUAAAAUUUCGCUGCGCAAUUUCAUCAUUCGUUAA